UAUUUUCAAAAUCUUUUCAAAGGUUCGCAAAACUUGUAUUCGAAUCAUACUGUGCGUAUGCAUGGCAUAAGUGAAUCUGAAAGCGACGAUGACUGGGAAGAGAUGAAUUAUGAGAAACAGGUCAUAAAGUGCCUCUUCUGCAGUAAUUGUUGCAAUAACUUCACGGAUGCCUUAAAACAUCUGGACUCGUCGCACAAUUUUAAUUUUGCCAAGUUUAAAAUGAGACACGCUUUAGACAUAUAUUCCUAUAUAAAAUUAAUUAACUUCAUUAGGAAGAAAAAAGCUACACCGGAAGAACUAAACGAAUUAAAUAUAAAGAUAUGGGAACACGAUGAAUAUUUAACACCAAUAUUACAAGAUGAUCCUUGGCUUAUGUUGGAUUUGGAUGAAUUAGAGGAUAUAUUAACAAAUUCAAAUCAAUAUCCAACUACUUCCGAGACUAUGGACGUUGCAUUACCAGAUAAUCAUCUUGCAGAGCUUGAAAAAACAAUACAGUCCUUAAAAGCCGAAUUAGAACAGCGAAAUUUAGCAUGCUUAUUAGCUAAGCAGCAAAUCGAAGAAAUGACUAAAGCAGCUCAUAAAUUAGUCUUUGAUGAUAGCGAUUUCUCUAAGUCCAAAGAAAAAUGUAUACAGAAUGUUGGCUCAAAUUCUGAUCAAGGAUAUUUCAAUACAUACAGUCAUUUUGCUAUUCAUCAUGAAAUGUUAACAGAUAAAAUAAGAACGGAGAGUUAUCGUGAUGCACUUCUGACAAAUUCACAUUUAUUUAAUGACUGCGUGAUGCUUGACGUUGGUUGCGGUACUGGAAUUCUUUCAAUGUUUGCUGCAAAAUCUGGUUGUAAAAAAGUCAUUAGUGUCGAUCAAUCAGAUAUUAUUUAUCACGCCAUGGAUAUAGUAAGAGAAAAUAAUUUGAUUGAUAUUAUAACAUUAAAAAAAGGAAGACUGGAAGAUAUUAAAUUGGAUGUUCAUAAAGUUGAUGCGAUUAUAUCCGAAUGGAUGGGAUAUUUUUUAUUAUUUGAAGGUAUGCUGGAUUCAGUGAUAUAUGCAAGGGACCAUUAUCUCUCGUCGACUGGUAAGCUUUUACCAAAUAGAUGUACAAUUAGUCUCGUUGGUAGUGGAGAUACAAAACGUUAUAUUGAUUUGGUGGAUUAUUGGUCAAAUGUGUAUGGUUUCAAGAUGAGCUGUAUGAAAGCCGAAGUUGUGCGAGAGCCAAGUAUCGAGUUUUGUAAUCCUAAAGAUUUAGUAACCAAUGUUGCUGAAAUUCAAUCGUUUGAUCUCUAUAAAGUAACUACUGAUUGUGUAAACUUCUCAUCCCCAUUUAAUCUUACUGUUAACCGAACUGGCUCAUUAACAGCAAUCAUUGGUUAUUUUGACAUUUAUUUCGACUUAGAGAAUCCAGUUCAUUUUAGUACAGGACCACAUACAGCACCAACUCAUUGGAAACAGACUGUAUUCUCAUUAAGUGAACCAAUCAGUAUAACAGAAGGAGAGAUCGUUAGUGGUGUAUUAAUAUGUCGACGACAUAUAAAAGACGUUCGUGGAUUAAUUGUGACCAUUCAAAUAAAGGACUUCAGCCAGGUGUAUUAUUUAGAUUAAAAUGAUUAGAAACUACUGGAAAGUUUCGUGUACUCCAUUGAUCAUAUAUUUUUAUAAAUUGUGUAUUUAGAUAUAUAUUCAUUGACUAUAUCAUGUUAAUAGAUUUCUGAUUCUUAAUAUACACAGAAAAAUAAGUCCUA